UUCAAAUUAAAAUCUAUCAUGUCUUAAUUUGAAGCUAUCCUAUCUUGGGAGCAAAAUUAAAUGACGCAGUGUCCGUCAGCUGUUCUUUAUGGAGAGCAGGUAAAAAAAAUCUAGGUAUAAAUAUAUCGUGUCGUGAAACUGCAAGGAAUACUGCAUAAGACACAAAAGUUUCACCGGAGAUUAUGAAUAAACCUACUUCACAGUAUUAACUAUCAGUUUAAGGAGUGUCCAGUAUGCCAUGGUGGACUGUUCAUCUUGAAGGUGGACCACGUAGAGUCAACCAUGCUGCAGUUAAUCUCAAAGAUGAGAUCUACUCUUUUGGUGGCUACUGCACAGGGGAGGACUAUGAGACCCGCAGGCCUAUGGACAUACAUGUCUUAAAUACUGUUGCUUAUCAAUGGAAAAAGUUGCCCUUGCCAAGACCAGAUGAUCCUCAGAGUAAAAUCACUCCCUACCAGAGAUACGGGCAUACGGCAGUGGCAUUCAAUGACUGCGCCUAUCUUUGGGGAGGAAGAAAUGAUAGUGAUGGAGCUUGCAAUAUACUUUAUUGCUAUGACCCAAGUACUGGAAAGUGGUCAAAACCCAAAACCGGAGGAGAGACCCCAGGAGCUAGAGAUGGCCAUGCUGCCUGUGUCAUAGGAAAUAGAAUGUACAUUUUUGGAGGUUAUGAAGAGGAGGUUUACAGAUUCUCAAAUGAUAUUCACUGCCUGGACUUGUCCACAUUUAUCUGGUCACUGUUGCACACAUGGGGUACCCCAGCUCGCUGGCGAGACUUCCACUCAGCCACUGGCAUUGGUCAUUUUAUGUAUAUAUUUGGUGGCAGAGGAGAUAGAGGAGGACCCUAUCACACAAACAAUGAAGUCUAUUGUAAUCAAAUGCAAAUAUUUAAUACUCAAGACAAUACAUGGUAUGAGCCAAGUUGUACAGGAGACAUUCCUUCACCUGGACGGAGGAGUCACUCAGCAUUUGUAUAUAAAAAUAAGCUGUAUCUAUUCGGUGGUUACAAUGGUUUGGUAGAUGAGCAUUUUAGUGAUCUGUACAAGUUUGAUCCAGAUACUUGUCAUUGGUCCUUAGUGAAGUGUAUAGGUGAUGGACCUUGUGCCAGGAGGCGGCAGUGUUGCUGUGUUGUAGGAGAUAGACUGUUUUUAUUUGGAGGUACAAGUCCAAACCCUGAGUUUGAUGAAGAAGAAAUGGUUAAUACAGAGUUUGAGCUCAUGGACCAUUCUGACUUGUAUGUCCUUGAUUUUGUGCCCUCCCUGAAAACCCUGUGUGCCUUGAUAGCACUAAAGUCUCAGAUAGAUACUUCCUGCCUGCCGGAGGAUAUAAGGUGGGAGUUAUUAGCAAUGACAACUAACAGUAGCAUAAGUAGACCACAGAAUACCAAUGGAUAGGGAUUUCUGUUCUGCAUCUCUCAUAUCGUUGAGAGUCGAAUAAAGCUAUAGAAGAAAAUCUCUUCUGCGAUUCUGGUCUGUCUCAAUUUGGGCAUGCAGCAAGAAUGAAGUGAAUCACAGAAUAAACUUCAUUGAGCUCAAGACCAGUUUAAUUCUACACUACAGCCAGACAUAUACAUGAGGAGGAAUUAUACCAAUGCCUUAACAGAAUUUGAAGGAAAAAGAACAAAAUGACUUGGAUCAUGUUUUUGUGGUGUAUUGAAUGAAAAGGCAACGUAUCUUGUGCCGGUAGAUUUAUGUUAUUAAGAAAAAAAAAACAUGACUGUACAAUCUCUGCUGUUACAUGUAAAAUAUUUUUCAUACAAGUAAUGAGUCAUGGCUUUCUUUCAUGUGUCACCUGCCUCUGUAGUGGUUCCAUGCUAAUGCUGUCACCUUUUCUGUGCAUAAAUGUAUAUUCCAGGUCUGCCAUGUCUAUUCAUCUGACUAUUACCCUAAUGGAAAUUACGCACAAACUACAAACACAGGACUUGCUCCAAUACUUUUUUUGUCAAGUUUUAUUACCUUUAAUACCUCACAAUAAUAUACUCUCUAGAAAUUACCCAGCUUGCAUUGUUUUUCGGAGCAUUAGAACCAGGUAAUGAAGGUGACAUAUAAAACAAAAAAAAACUUGUCUUUUUGAAAAAUAUAAUUCAUCCACUUUGUUUGAUAAUAAGCAAUUACCGCAUUAUGAACUAAGCUUGACUAGACUAUGUGCAUAAUUCCUACCAAAGGUGAAUUUCUAAAAGACAGAUGAUGCAGAAGGAAAAUCAUUAUACACAGAAAGCAAAUUAACCUCACGCCAUGAAUAUAAGAGGCAGUCACUCAUGGUGAAAUAUAAAUUGUGAAGUUAUUAUAUGAAGACAGUGGUUUUAAGUAGCACUACAUGUAUAUGUCAUGAAGCUGUUAGGACCCAAGACUAGAUAAACAAGCUUUUCUUGUGCCAUAGAUAGUGUAAUGAUUAGAAAUUUGUUAAUGCGAUAUAUUUUCAGUUCUGUAUGUUGUGCAAAUAUUUUGCAUAAAAUGUAGACUUAGAUGUGGCUGUCUGCUUAUCUUUUAUUAGUCAAAUUCAGCAUGAAGACUUCUCACAGGCUAAACAUUUU